AAAAUUUAUUAAUUAAUGUGUAGUGAGUAUGAUAGUGAGUGUUAGGACAUCUGGCUUGUAGGACAGGCAUGCAUGAUAAGUUGAACCAUAAUUAUUUGUCUUAGUUCUUUACCAUAUAAAAGGCAACAGAAUUCAAGGUCAGUCAGAUUGAACCGGUUAAAGCUCAGUUUUUUGGAGUUAAGCUACUUAAAGGCAUAGUUCACCCAAAAAUGAAAAUCAUCUCACCCUCAUACCAUCCCAGAUGUGAUUUCUAGAAGAAUAUCUCAGCUCUGAAGGUCCAUACAAUGCAAGUGAAUUGUGACCAGACCUUUCAAGCUCCAAAAAUCACAUAAAAGCAGCAUAAAGUAUGUUACUUUUAGAAUGUGAAAGCGGAGAUUCAUAGUAAAAAAAAAAAAAGGGAACUAUUUAAAGGGAAAAAUAUUUAUCUGUUUCUCACCCACACCUAUUAUUGUUUCUGAAGGCAUAGAUUUAACCACUGGAGUCAUAUGGAUUACUUUUAUUCUGCCUUUAUGUGAUUUUUUUUGGAACUUGAAAGGUCUGGUCACCAUUAAUUUUCAUUGAAAGGACCUACAGAGUUGAAAUAUUCUUCUAAACAUCUUCGUUUGUGUUCAGCAAAAGAAAGAUACUCUUCUGGCAUGGCAUGAGGAGUCACACGCAUAACCUGUUGCUGGCUGCAGGAUGUUCUUGACUUUGGCACUUUUUCGGAAGGGGAUCCCAGGAAAGCAGUGGAUUGGGAAGCAUCGUCGGCCUCGUGCAGUCACCUGGCAGAUGAAGCGGAAUAUGGUGGAACGCCUGGAGCAGGAAGCAGAGAAUGAAUACUGGAUCAGCCGGCCGUUCAUGACAUUAGAGCAGGAGAGAGGCCAUGCAGCACAGAGACGGGAGUGGAUGUCACUUCAAAUCAAAGCUGCACGACAAGCCAAGUUCCCUGAACACAAAUACAUUGCAGACCAAUUGAACCACUUGAACAUCACCAAGAACUGGUCCAGCUAACCAGGACACCAAAGACUGAUGGUGCAGAUCUCUGGCUUUUGAGAGGGAGCAGAAAUUAAUUUUCUGUUUGUGCAAGUUAUAUUGGGCAACUGUAUGUGAUAUUGGCUGUGUUUAUAAAUGAUAU